UCAGAGGUGGGAAUAGUUGCAGUUGCGAUUGGUGGUAUGCACGGCUUAGCCUUAUCGCACGAGGGGAGGGUGUACUCGUGGGCCGUCAAUGAUUAGUGCGCCCUUGGGAGAGCGACCACCCAUACACCUCCGACCGGGUUUGUGCGUUCAGGUGAUGAUGGCAACAGCGACAAUGAUGGCGAAGAGCGCUUGAAUCCAUUGGAAAGUACGCCAAUGUUGAUUACAGGGCUCCCGGAGGGGACAGUAGUCUAAUUAUCUGGAUCGCUGCCGGUGAGAGUAUUUCGAUCGCUGUUACGGACGCCGGCCAAGUUUGCGGGUGGGGAACAUUCAGGGUAUGUGAUAAAUUCUCCAUUCAGGGUUAGUACGGUUCAUUUAUUGUUUAGUGCGACGGCGGCAUUCUCGGAUUCAAUGACAGGACAAGUGCUCAGCAUGUCCCAGCCUUGCUACCUACGCUCAAGAGCAUCGUUCAGGUCAGUAUUGGUACUGAUCACGUCCUUGGCCUUACGAAGGAAGGAGAGGGGUACGCGUGGGGCAAUGGUCAGCAAUUCCAGCUUGGGGGGCGUGUCCUCGAGAGGAAUCGCCACAUCGGGCUGAUCCACCGCCGGGUGUCCCUUCCCCGGUGCCAAGUCAAGCAUGUCGCGACCGGUUCAUAUCAUUCUUUCGCAAUGACCCAAGACGGCAGGGUCUGGACGUGGAGACUCAAUCAAUAUGGCCAAUGCGGGAUAUACAACCGCGGCCCGGCGGCGAGGAAAGUACCACCAUUCCCGUCCCUACUAUCACCCAGAGUCUGGUGCAGUACACAAUCGACCAGAUAUCCGCCAGAGAGCAUCACUCAACCGCCCUGACCAUGGACGGUGUGCUCCUGGUCUGGGGCCGCCUUGAUAGUGGACAACUCGGUAUAGACCCCGCGGCACUGCCAGUAGAAGAUAUCGCCCAUGACGCAGAGAGCAACCCCUGCUAUCUCAAGACCCCAUGGGCCCAGCAUCAGGUUGUCCUCCAUUGGCUGUGGCAUGCACCACAAUAUUGCCGUCUUGAUCGAGGGACAAGCGUACUCUUGGGGUUUCGGUGGCAGCUAUCAGACUGGCCUCAGCCCUGGGGCCACGGACGAGAUCAGGACUCCUACAACGAUUGAGAACAUGGCAACCAGAGGUGUCAGAAUGGCUUUCCCCGCUGCCGGUAGGCAGUUCUCCAUCCUCGCUAGAAUCCCCACAAAACCCGCUAAUUGCAGUUAUCGGGGUGCUGAUACGGAUGGUAAU